AUGGCCUUCCCCGAGGACGGCCUGCUAUUGAAGACUCUUGAACAAGUCAAUGAACCAAGUCUCGAUCCACGGGUCAGCUUAGAGACACGGAAAGAUGUAGACGACACGGCGACUUUGACUCGACAGCUGAGCAAUCUGGCUCGUGGAAAGGAGGUGGCGGUCGUUGUCGAAUCGGGCUCAUGCGCGGAGAAAUCAUCUGAGCCACUAUACGUCGAGUUCCAAGUCGGAGACCGUCGAAAUCCCAUGUGCUUUCCCCCUUCGAAAAAAUGGGCGAUUACCAUUCUAGCAUGCUACUCCACCUUCAUCGCAGCGUCAACAAGCUCUGCGUACAACUUAGGUCUCCCAUCUAUGAUUUCUGAUCUUAAUUGUACCGAAUUCCAGGCCAUCGUGGGGCUGGCGGUGUUUACUCUCGGGUUUGGUGUCGUACCUCUCGUUUCGUCAAGUUUCAGCGAGGAGUUCGGUCGGCAGCCGCUCUACAUCGUCUCCGCCGUUGGAUUCACCUUGAUGUAUCUUGUCAUCGCCCUAGCCCACAAUAUCCGGACCGUGAUUGCCGCCCGGUUUCUCCAAGGAGCGUUUGGCUCGACAUGGGCCACAAUGUGUCAGGUUGGCGGAACAAUUGCAGACAUCUGGACCCCGCAAGAACGCGGCCUGCCUAUGUCCAUAUUUUCUGUGGCUGCUCUAGGCGGCACAGGCCUCGGUCCCGUAAUUUCGGGUUGGAUAGAAAUGAAUCCCAAGCUUCAAUGGCGCUGGAUAGAAUGGAUCCAAAUGAUAAACUGCGGAGUCUACUCGCUCUUUGUUCCCCUCAUCUUAACCGAGACACGCACAUCAAUCCUUCUCACGAGAUUAGCUAAGAAACUUCGAAAAGAGACUGGAGACAGUCGGUACCGCGCACGUAUCGAAGAUGAGAGAGCAAAUUUAAUGGUCUUGAUUUUUAUUUCGUGCACAAGACCAAUCCACCUUCUUUUCACGGAGCCGGUUGUGUCCAGUUUCAGCCUGUGGAUUGGUUUCCUAUGGGGCGUUAUGUUCUGUAUGAUUGAGUCCAUUCCUGGCGUUUUUAGAGAUCUACACCAUUUCAAUGUCGGCGAAGAAGGAACAGUAUUCACGGCAAUAAUGCAAGUAUCGUGUCUUUCUUUGUUGACUGAAAUGUUCAAUUUCAAAGUGUUGGUACAUUGCUUGGUUUCGCGGCAAAUUUUUACCAAGAGAAUCUGUAUCACCCUCCAAAGCAAAUAUGUCAAGACGAGAGGACCUGAAGCGCGUUUAAUAUCGGCGUGUGCCGCAGCCGUUGGGCUCCCCAUCAGCAUGUUCGUCUAUGCUUGGUGUUCAUAUGCCAGAAUCCAUUGGAUUUCCCUGGUGAUGGCUCUAACGAUAUAUUUCUGGGCGACCUUCGUUGUCUACCUCGCGGUGUUCAGCUAUCUCGCCGACUGCUAUGGCCCUUUUGCAUCAUCUGCACUUGCCGGCCAGAGCCUCUGUCGUAAGACAUCCCAUCCCCAUCGCAAUGAGCGUUUCAACGACGAACUAACAGGAAAUUUAAUGGGGACUGCCUUCCCGCUCUUCACGAAACAAAUGUUUGCCCGCCUGGGGUACAACUGGGCCAACACGAUGUUUGCGCUCAUCGCAUCUUUGAUGAUGCCUAUACCAUUCAUUCUCCUUCACUAUGGACCAAGGAUACGUGCCAAGAGUCGAUUUUCACGAGUCGUGCUGGAGCGGGAGAUUUCUGCAGAGUUCAAGCCCGAAAUCGUAACUGAAGCCAGAUAG